UUGGAAACAUCACAUGAAAUGUAGAAUAUCCAGAAUGGAUACAGGCACUAGUACUUCAACUUCAAAGAAACAGAAACCUGUUGCAAAUGGCAAACUAUUGUUGCCAAAGAAAGCGGAGACAGAUGUGAAUGAUAACAUUUUGUUAAAAAUGAGAAAUGAUGAAGUAAAGUCUGUAAUUCUGAAAGAUACUACACUACUUAACUUUGCAUGUAGGAUGUAUGAACAAGAUGGACAUCUGCAACACCGUCACCAGUAUUUAGCACAGAGGCUAAGAGAGUUAGGUAGGAUGUUAUUGGCUAUACAAGAGAAAAGUCCAUCUGUUGACACUAUUGAGAAGUGUUUGGAUCCUUCAAACUGGGAGGAAGUUAUUGUUGCUGUAAGAUCUGUAGCUGGCUUUAACUCCAAAACAAACCAAUACACAAUACCUACCCUUCCAUUACGAGUGGGACAGAGUCUGGUAAAAUGUGCAAAACUCUUGAAAACCAAAAGCAUUGUGAUCAGCAAUGAAGAAUUGCGCAAGAAAAUGGAAGGGUUUGUCGAACUGUACGAAAGUGAAUGGGGAGUGAGAAUUGCAGCAAAAUGCCACAACACCCUGCAUGUGGCAAAGUUUAACAAACCACAGCUUCUUCCUGUUACCAAAGAUGUGCAGAAACUACACAACUACUUAAAGCAGGAAUCUGAGAAGCUCCGCAAGGAUUGUCAGAUUGAUGAUUACAGGAGAUUUGCAGAGAUCUGUUUAGCCCAAAUCAUCUUAUUCAACAGAAAAAGAAGUGGGGAAGCAGAAAGAAUCCAUAUCAAGGAUUUCCAAGGUUUACUAAUUGACACCCAAGUAGAUGAAGAUAUUUACAGCUCUUUGACACAACUGGAAAAGGAAAUAAUCAAGUCACACAAGAGGAUAGAAAUUGUCGGGAAGAGAGGAAGUAAGGUUCCUGUGAUUCUGACUGAUGACAUGAUACAGAACCUGAACUGUCUUCUUAAGAUAAGAGAAGGAAUGAGUAUUUCUUCAGACUUCCUGUUUGGGAAAUGCAAUUCACAGUUCCCCAUUAGAGGGUCGGAUGCAUUAAGAAACCUUGCAGUCGAAAGUGGAGCAUCAAAUCCAUCAUUACUCACUUCCACCAAACUAAGGAAACAACUGGCAACAGUUUCGCAACUGUUGGGGUUAAAUGAGCAUGGACAGGAUGCCCUCGCAAAGUUCAUGGGUCAUGACAUUAGGGUUCAUAGAAGUUACUAUGAACUUCCAGAGAACACUAUGCAGUUGGCAAGGAUGUCCCGAGUCCUGCAUGCUGUCAAUGAAGGAAAAGCAAAAAAAGUUCAAAAUCUGGAUAACAUCAUUGUUACUGAAGAAGAUGUCAUGAUGGAUGAGGACGAUUCCGACUCGGAUGAAGAUCCGGAUCAAUUUGUCAAGGAUGACGACAAACAAGCUGCAGGCAGAUGUCAGCAACGUAAAAAUGUGAACAGGAAUCAAUUAAAAAAAAAAGGUCCACAGAGUUGGUCUGUUGCAGAACAACAGGCUGUGUUACGGCAUCUAGGAAAACUGAUUCUUUCUGGGAAACUUCCUGGAAAACUUGUUUGUGAAGACGUGAUAAAAAAGGAAGCCAUCCUUCACAGAAGACCAUGGCAGCAAAUAAAACAUUUUAUCAGAAACAAAAUAACCAGCAAAACCAGGAAAAACAACCCUGUGUUAUUACCAUUCUCUUGAAGUCUCAAUCUGAGAGCACUUUUUGUGCGAGGACAAAUGACCGGUGUUUUAUUCUUACAUGUACAUUGAUUCAACUCAUUUUCAGUUAGCCUAUUUGCCUAUUGCAUCACCCCAGUGUCAGCAUUGCAAAGUUAAAGUUUUGCUGCGCGUAAUUAUCCCCUUGUGACGAAUGUCAGAGGGGAUAUGGGGAUGUUACUUUAAGGAUGUAACUAAUUAUAUAAGUAAUGCCCCUUGUCAGUGCUUUAGCAGCUUCAUUCCUUGAGGGAUUUAGAUCAAAUUUCACACAAUAUAAGGAAUGUAAUAUCUCGGACAAAGUACGAGUUUCAGGGUUGCAAGGUCAAGGUCUCUUGCUAUUUUUAGAACAAUUUUUUUGAAAAUCUUUGUCAUCACUUUAGCAUCUUUAUUCCUUGAGGUUUUUUUUAUCAAACUUCACACAUUUAUAAAGGACUAUAAUAUCUAAGACGAGUUCAAGUUUUUGGGUUGUAGUGUAAAGGCCGUCUGUCUGAAAUAUUGUGUCAAGUAGAUUUAAAAAAGUGCUGAAGCUGUAUUUCUCAAAACAGGGUAACAACAUCCUUAUGAUAUGAAGUUGUGCCCUUUUGCUUUUCGUAAAAUUUUGCCAAUACUUGCUAGAGUUACGUCCCUUUUUUCUCCGAAAUAUUGUCAAGUAGAUCUAUGAAAGUACUGAAGUGACAUUUCUCAAAUUUGGCAUACAGCAUCAUUAUGAUAUAAAGUUGUACCCUUUUGCUUUCUGUAAAGUUUCGCCAUAACUUUAGAAUGCAUGUGACAUCACAUAAUGAAUGAUCAGUAAUCAAUCGAGGAUGGGUGGGAACGCUUGUAUUGCAAAGGGUGAUGAAGUGGAGGAAUAGGGGGUAUAAUUUAGCCAUUGGCUUACAGUUCUAGUUCAAAUAUUUUUAGAAAAUCUGUGUCAGCACUCUAGCAGCUUCAUUGUUAAGGGAUUUGGAUCAGACUUCACACACUAAUUAAGGACCACAAUAUCUUAGCGAUAUUUUGUUGCACAUCAGUCAAUGUUGAACUGCAAAGGGAUUUGUAUCGUUUGUGAUGCCUUGUUAUAUAACAAAAUGCUCUUGUAUAUCAAUAAAUAUGUGUACUAGGA